AUGGACCCUUGUCUGUGGGUGGUCUUAUAUUUGGAGACAUUGUAUCCAAGUGCUCUAGGCGUGCCGUGUGUUUUAGGUAACGCACAGACGUUGUGGUGUUGCUAUCAGGAUUUGGUACGAUAUAUCGUUUGUAUAUUAUUUGUAGCGUCUGCUAGUUUGUAUAUUUACUUAAAAAAUACAUUUGUCGGUUUAAUUCUAUUUUAUGCUAACAAUCGUACUGCUCCGUAG